GUUUGGUGAUGAGAUGCCUGAUUGCUUUCCCUACCGAGCCAAAGCCAUGUUUGCAUUUGAAGAAAUUGAUGGAGUUGAUGUCUGCUUCUUUGGUAUGCAUGUUCAGGAGUAUGGAUCAAACUGCCCAAUGCCAAAUACAAGACGAGUUUACAUAUCAUACCUGGACAGUGUCCACUAUUUCCGACCAAGGCAUCUGAGAACAGCUGUUUAUCACGAGAUCCUCAUCGGUUAUCUGGAGUAUGCAAAAAACCUGGGCUACACUACAGCCCACAUUUGGGCUUGCCCACCCAGUGAAGGCGAUGAUUACAUUUUCCACUGUCACCCGCCCGAGCAGAAAAUACCCAAACCGAAACGGCUGCAGGACUGGUACAAGAAGAUGCUGGACAAGGCUAUCAUUGACAGAGUGGUUGUGGAUUACAAGGACAUUUUCAAAGAUGCCAUAGAUUCUGGGCUGGCCAGUGCUAAAGAUAUGGCCUACUUUGAUGGUGACUUCUGGCCCAAUGUCAUGGAGGAAAGCAUCAAAGAAUUGGAUCAGGAGGAGGAAGAGAAGAGAAAGCGGGAAGAAGCUGAGGCAGCAGAGGCAGAGGCCCAGGAGACAGUUGAGGAGAUCAUUGAUGCUGUAAGUUUAACCAUAUGGUAUCUUAUGAAUACUUUUAUGCUGUUAUUCAGGAUUUAUCUGGAAAGAAAAAAGGUGAGAAAAAAGGCCAGAGAAGUAAAAAAGGCCAACAAGAGCAAAAGUAGUGCCAGAAAGAACAGUCGCAAAACCAACCUUCCUCAGGGGACCAGUGACCUGACUGCCAAAUUGUACAGCCACAUGGAGAAACAUAAGGAGGUGUUCUUCGUGAUCAGACUACACAACCAGCAGAUAGCUGCCUCGUUGCCACCAAUCUCCGAGCCGGACCCGGCCAUGAAUUGUGACCUCAUGGAUGGCAGGGAUGCCUUUCUCACCAGUGCUAGAGAGAAGCAUUAUGAGUUUUCUUCAUUGCGGCGUGCCAAGUUGUCUUCUAUGGCCCUGCUGUAUGAGCUGCACAACCAGGGCAAAGAUGCUUUUGUGUACACCUGCAAUAAUUGCAAGGCUGCGGUGGAAACCAGAUUUCACUGCAAUAUUUGUGACGACUUUGACCUGUGUGUUAAUUGCUACAAGAAGGAGAACCAUCACCACGAGAUGAUCAAACUUGGCCUGGGCCUUGACGACAUUUCUAGCUCAGGCAAGGAAGAAAACCCACAGGAGUCUCGUCGCAAGUCCAUCCAGCGUUGCAUCACAUCCCUGGUGCACGCCUGCCAGUGCAAGAAUGCCAACUGCCGCAUCAACGCUUGCCACAAAAUGAAGCGUGUCGUUGCUCAUACCUUGAGUUGUCGCCGCAAGACCAAUAAUGGCUGCCCCAUCUGCAAGCAGAUGAUUGCCCUGUGCUGUUACCAUGCCAAACACUGUACAGAGAACAAGUGUCCUGUUCCAUUUUGUCCUCAGCUGAAACAAAAGUUGAGGCAGAAACAACUCCUGACCAACUUUCAUCAGGCUCAGAUGCUGCGUCGCCGUGUGGCAUUGAUGACCAACAAUGCUUCCAGCAAUAACAGCAGUAGCAGCAGCAGCAGCACCACCAAUGGACCAACAAGUGUGACAAACCAGGAUUCAUCACCCUCAUCCACAUCAUCUUCGCCUUUCUCCGGCGGCAGUCUGGGCAAAGCUCCUGGACCUCCCCGGGCGGCUGUCAUAGCGGCGCAGGAUGCCCAGCUACAGGCAGAGAAACAGAGGCAGGUGGCUGCUGUGCCCACCAUGAACUCAAUUGGCAAACAAGCAAUGCAGCCGCCAGUCAGACCUUCACCUCCCGCUGUAGGACCUUUGACUGGCAAGCCAGUUGCUAGUGCUCAGAGACCUCCUUGGCCUUCAUACCCACAGGCAGCUCCACAACCACCUCGACCUGGGAUGAGUGGUAACAUGAGACUGCAGAGUAUACAGCUGCCACACACUCAGCCGCAACAGCUCCAGCCUGCGCAGCAGCCACCGGUGCCGCCCAUUGGUCCUAGUGCUGUGAACACUACUGCUGUUUCAGCAGCUGCUGGUGCCUCGCCUAUUGGCCCAGCUGUGCACACCAUGCUGCAGGCCUUCAAGAACCAGAACUUUUCCCAAGCUGAGUGGCUGUCUGUCCUCAGGAAGAAUCCUCAGCUCAUGGCUCAGGUGUUGAAACUUAAAAAUCAGAAAAUGAUGCAGCAACAACAACAACAACAGCAGCAGCAACAACAACAACAACAACCUCAGCAACAGAUGCAUGCUAUGCCCAACAUGGGCCAGCCUCUGCCCCAGGUGGUCCAAAUCAACCAGAUACUACCACAGCAGUACAGACAGCAGCAGUUACAAACUCAACAACAAACUUCUCCAAUUAACCAGUUUGCUCAACCACAGCAGCCAUUUGUGCAGCGGCCCCGUAUGAACUUCCAGCAGACAUUUCAGAAUGACACCGGCCACAACAUGCACCAGUUCCAGCAGCAGCAUCUCAUCCAGCACCAGCACCACCAGGCUCAGAUGAAGCAGCAGAUGGCUGGUGGCCAGCCCAUGAGCCCCCAGUACCUGCUGACGCAGCAAGGAAACCCUUCACCCCAGCAGAUGCUGCAGCAGGUCAGGUCUCCGCCAGCUGCCGCUGGGCUACCUCAGACAGUCAGAUCUCCGCAACCCACGCCUUCGCCCCGCCAGCAGCCCAUACCGUCCCCUCGCCAGCUACAGCAGUCCCCCCACCAUAACAUGGUCAGCGGUCAGUCUCCGCUGCAUGGGUUAGGUGUAGGGCAGGACACUUCACAAAUGAACAGUGACCAUGUUAUGUUACCAACCUUACAGACUCACAACUCCAUGUCGGGCAUGACUAACUCAGAUCUCACAAUGGUCCAGCAGGACAGUGAGGUGGCCCCACUGACCCCCCAGGACCAGUUAGCUCAUUAUGUGAACCAGAUAUAG